AUGCCGUCCGAUGCUGAUCUCGCGCGAAGCAUUUCCGAGCUCAAAGGCGAGUUUCGUUCUGGUUUAUCUUCUUUAAAGAGAGAACUUGCACAAGAACACGACGCUGCGCUGAAGAAGCUCAAGACAGCUACUGCUAGUGUUCCGAAAUUUAAAAAGAAAGGCAACGAAAAGCAGUUCUUAGUUAAUUCUGAAGUUCUUGAACACGUUCGUUCUGCUUCGACCGCCCUUCAGGCGUCUUCGCCUCAAGUUGAAAAGGCCUUGGAAGAGUUAAAGGAAGGUGAGAAGAAGCUCUCUCAUCGUAAUAAGCUCAUCCUUAUUGCCGAUUCCUCCGAAGAGGGGUGGGAAGUCGUAAACGAGUACCAGCGUCGGGAUCUUGCUGAUGACAGCGACGAUGACAAGCGUAUAAGGCAGGCGGAAGUAAGGGCUUCACAGAAACGCCGGCGUGCUCAAUUGGUGAAGAAAAGUUCGUCUCUCCGUCCUCAAAAGCCCUCCACUCCGCCGGUUCCCUCGCUGCCCUACGUCGUUUCUGGUUACGGCACUCCAGUCUCUCCUUCUUAUCCUGCCGUUUCUCUACCAGGUUCUAAUUUUUCGAAUCCGUUCGGUGCUGUCAAUUGGCCUAAGGCUCACCGUGGUUCACGUGUUGGCAGUUGCUUUGCUUGUGGCAGUUUCGGCCAUUUCAGGAAUCAGUGCCCCGUCCUUCAGGCGCAGUUUUCAGCUAGCCAACCUGGGAAACGUACGUGAUCAUGGACUGUGAUGUUGGUGCACUCGUCGAGGACACAGAUAAGUUAGGGAACUUUGUUGAAGAUGAUUUUGACUUUUUUGAAUAUGAACAGGGUCGUAGUUCUACUAUCGUUGUAGCCGGUAGGCUUAAAUCCCAUAUUCAGUUUUGGCGUUCUAUAGGUGCCAGUCAAUUUAUUCUAGCUGUUAUCGAGCAUGGGUAUCGUAGUCCUUUCCACUCUACACCCCCUGUUAGUUUUUCUAGUAAUAAUAAGUCAGCUUUGGCGCAUUCUGAUUUUGUUAACGAAGCUAUUUCCGAAUUGUUGGUUGCCAAUCGCAUUUUUGAAUCGGAGGUCCUGCCCCAUAACGUCAACCCUCUUUCCGUUUCUAUUCAGUCAUCUGGGAAAAAGAGGUUGAUCUUGGAUCUUAGCUUUGUAAAUAAGCAUGUCUGGAAGCAAAAGGUCAAGUUUGAGGAUCUUAAGGUUGCUCUAAAUUAUUUUGACAAGGGUCAUUUCAUGUUUUCAUUUGACAUUAAGAGCGGUUAUCAUCAUGUGCUUAUCUUCCCGCCCCAUCAGACAUUUUUGGGUUUUUCCCGGUUUUAUCAGGGUAAGGUCCGUUAUUUUUGUUUUAGGGUCCUGCCCUUCGGCCUCUGUUCAGCCCCUUUUGUUUUCACAAAAUUUUUAGGCCUCUCGUUGCCUACUGGAGGCUGGCUGGUAUUCACAUUGUUGUUUAUCUUGAUGAUGGUUUAGGGGAGGGGCUUUCACACCAGGUUGCUUUAGCCCAUUCCACCAGGGUUAAGACUGAUUUGGUUCGUUCUGGCUUUGUACCCAACUUCGAGAAAUCUGUUUGGGUUCCUACAUCAGUCCUUGAUUGGUUGGGUUUCACCAUUGAUCUUUUUCAGAGUUUUCUUUUUGUUCCGGGGAUAAAGCCCAAGCGUGUUGUUUCUGAUAUUGAUUCCCUUUUAGAGGCUAAUUGUUGCACCGCCAGGGAAUUGUCCGCUCUUGCUGGUCGUAUUAAUUCCUUUAAACUAGCUGUAGGUAAUGUUAUUACAUUGAUGACAAAGUCUAUUCAUAUGGCUAUCGUCCUUCAGCCUACUUGGGACUCUAGGUUUCCUUUGUCCGAUUCUGUCAAAGAAGAGCUUUUUUUCUGGAAAGAGAACGUUCAGUGUUUGAAUGGGAGGCCCAUUGGGCGUCACUUUUCAUGUUCUCGUUCCAUUGUUUAUUCAGAUGCUAGUGACCUAGGGGUUGGCGGUGUUGUUAAAGACCACCAGGGUGUUAUUUGUCAUCUUCCGUGGACUGCUAAUGAAAUGUUUCGCAGCUCCACGUGGCGUGAGCUUAAGGCGGUCUAUAUUUGUCCCUCUAGUUUUUCCGUAGUUCUGUCAGGGCGCGCAGUUCAAUGGUUCACGGAUAACCGCAACAUUCCGUCCAUUAUUCGCAACGGGAGUAUGAAGCGGGAUUUGCACGAAAUUUCCCUCUCUAUUUUUUAACUAGUUUUGCGAAAUGGUAUUGAUUUGCAGGUGGACUGGAUUCCUAGGUCUCUCAAUGAGCACGCGGAUGCCAUAAGUAGGAUCGUUGAUUUUGAUGACUAGGGUGUUUCGUUUGAAUUUAAUUUUUCCACCAUGUAGACAACAUUUGGGGUCCACAUUCCGUAGAUCGUUUUGCCCAUUCCCAUAACCGCAAAUUACCCAGAUUCUUUUCCCGUUUCUGGAAUCCUGACUCGGAGGGGGUGGAUGCCUUUUGUUUUGACUGGGCGGGGGAGAAUAACUGGCUUGUUCCCCCAGUGUCCCUUGUUCUCCGGGUUAUUAGGCAUUUGUCUGUAUGUAGGUCUAUCGGCACUCUUAUUGUCCCCAAGUGGGUCUCAGCUCCAUUUUGGCCCAUGCUCUUUGGUCCCCAUUCUCCCUUUUCCGUUUGCGUUAAAGAGACCAUUGUUUUUACCAAUGUUUCUAAUAUUUUUGUUCCCGGCUCUACAGAGUCUAUUUUUGAUGGCCCUAAAUUUAAGUCUCAUGUAUUACCCGUCCGUUUGUCGGCUUGUUAGAUUUGUUCUUCUAGGCUUAGUUUCCUUUCCGCAGUUACGUGUAGUUACCUUGUUUAGCCUAUAUUAAAGUGUGGUUUAUUAUUUUGAGUGAUUUCUUCUGUUUUUUCGUUUGCCUCGGUGGCAUUUAUGCGGGUCUCGGUGACCUAGUUUGUACCUUCACUGAUCCCGACGGGUUGUACCGUUACAUUUUUGUGUGAUCUCGGUCAGUUUUUGAUCCUUCCAGGUCCCCCAUAUAUAUGGUCGAGUGCGCCUCGGUGGUCACUCUCUUGUUAUCUUAUGUACCUGUGUGAUAGUUGUAUCUACAUAUUACGCGCGUUUCCUUUUACCGCUCCUUUUUUUCUCGUGCAUCUUUCCUUUUUUAACUCCUUACAUUGAAUCCAUAUGGUCUUCUAUUUCUUCUGUAUUUUCAGAUGUUUUCGCUAGCCCUAUGUGGGCUGAGUUUAACGAUGUCAAAGCUCCCUCCCUACGCUGCUUAGCAGAAAAGCUACCGGAGAUAGUCCUUGGUUCCAGGGCAGAUUCCACUACUCUCACCUACCUCAACGGUUUUAAGCGAUGGCGUGCUUGGGCCAACAGAUUUCCCGAGGUCGCAGUGCUGCCUGCUACUCCGGCUUAUGUUUCUUUAUACCUGCUCAGUGUUCUCCAGGCUUCUAGUUCUCCGGCGCCGGUCCAGAACGCCUUCUAUAGCAUUCGCUGGGCUCAUGAUAUUGCUGGUUUCGACUCUCCUACCAAUCAUACACUUCCCCAGAAGGUCGUGGAGUCCGCUAAGAGAAGGCUGCUACACGUUACUUCCAAUAAGCUCCCCAUUACACCCGAAAUUUUACAAAAGUUGUUUCAGAGUCUCGAUGGAUCUUUGGUGGACACAAGAUUCAUGGCCAUGGCGUUAUUGGCCUUUGCGGGGUUCUUAAGAUUCGAUGAAUUGGCUAAUCUGAAGCUUAAGGAUUUAGCGCUGCAUGACACUCAUUUUGAACUUUCUAUAGAAAGCAUUAAAACUGAUCAAUAUCGCGAGGGCGCUAUUGUCCCCAUCGUCAAGUCUGGCACGAAUCUUUGCCCCUGGGGUAAUUUAGAGAAGUAUUUAUCGCAAGCCAAACUCACGUUACCGACAUCUUCCCAAGGUGGAGACGACUAUUUGUUCGGAAAUAUUCAAACCAAGUCUGGCUCUCAGUCCAUCCGCCCAGGCUCCAAACUGUCUUAUACAAGAUGUCGAGAAGUUUUAUUGAGGAAGAUUGCAGACGUAGGCUUAGAUCCUAAGUCUUUCUCUUGGCACAGCUUCAGAAGUGGCGGUGCAUCUGCCGCCGCUAAUGGUGGUAUCUCUGAUAGAAUGUUUAAGCGC